AUGCAGAUGAGCGGCGAUGCCAAGUUAUGGCUUAGUCUUGGUGUUUAUGUAACAAGAAGUGGCGGGACAGAAACAUUUCUAUUAUUCUCUCAGGAUAUUCCUUCUCAAAAUCUUGGAUUCGUGGACCCUAAAUCAACCACGUUGGACCUCAGCAUUGCUGGCAAAGACUACGUAAUUCACCAAUCCCCAACCAUUCUGAACCGUCCAGGAAGCACCACUGGUGCCGUUGUGUGGAAAAUCACACCGCUGGUGGCUGAUUGGUUGGCUCGUCCCGAUAAUAUUCUUUGGGCAUCUGGCAUCCUAUCAUCCAAUUCCAAUGUCCUGGAACUGGGUUGCGGAAUAUCCGGCCUCGUCGGAUUGGUACUUUCACCAUUACUAUCAAGAUAUACCCUAACAGAUCAAUCGUAUGUCGCAAGACUUGUAGAAAAGAACAUUGAUGAAAAUAGACAUCUGCAAAACCCUAGCAAACCGAGUACAUCCUCCCAGAAACGAAAGGGGAAGUCAUCGGUUAUUCAAUCGAAAGCUGACUUACGCUUCCUGCCUCUCGACUGGGAGCUAGAUGAAGUUGCAUCGUCACUCACUGGAGACGAUAAUAAAGCUCAAAGUUUUGACGUUGUCAUUGCUUGCGAUUGUAUCUACAAUGAUACUCUAAUUCAACCUCUGGUGCAAACUUGCGCUGACGUAUGCGAGUUGAGAUCAGCAGAUAAAAACGCCACCGAUAAGCCAGCUGUCUGUUUAGUCGCGCAACAACUAAGGGAUCCGGAGAUAUUCGAAGGCUGGAUCAAGGAGUUCAGUAGAUAUUUCCGUGUGUGGCGCGUACCUGAUAUCGCCUUGAGUGAGGAACUGCGAUCUAAUCCCGGCCUCGUCGUUCAUCUAGGUAUAUUGCGGGAUGCAGCGGAAACACGCAAUCAAUCGUAA